AUGAGCAGUCUUUGCCUCCAGAGGUUACAAGAGGAGCGAAAGAAGUGGAGAAAAGAUCAUCCGUACGGAUUUUUCGCCAAACCAACAAAGAAAGCAGAUGGCUCCAUGAACUUACAAAAGUGGGAAGCCGGAAUCCCAGGGAAAGAUGGCACGCUUUGGAAGAAUGGUUUAUAUCCAUUAACCAUUGAAUACCCAGAUGACUAUCCGUCGAAACCUCCAAAGGUUAAAUUUCCUGCCGGAUUUUAUCAUCCAAACGUUUAUCCUAGUGGCACUAUUUGUUUAUCUAUAUUGAACGAAGACCAGGAUUGGAGACCUGCUAUAACCUUAAAACAGCUCCUUUUGGGUGUACAAGAUCUUUUGGAUUCUCCAAAUCCGAAUUCACCUGCACAAGAACCUGCAUGGAGGGCCUUCUCCAAGAAUAUAAAAGAGUACGAGAGGAAAGUUGCGGAACAAGCCCUCAAGUAUACAAAGUGA